AUGGGCCUGACGCCCACGCCAAUGACGCUCGCGGGUGCGCUCCUCCCGCCCGCGCUCGUCACGUAUUUCCUACGGGCGCACCGGCGUCUCUUGGGUGUGAUAUCUCCGCUUGUCUGGGCCCAGUCCCCCGUCCUCGGCACACUGUACGCCAUCGCCAUACGCCUCAUCAUCGUCAUCACCGUCCUCUUCCUAAGGCUGUACCUCCUGCCGCGGAAACAGAGCGUGCCGCCACCAGAGACGCCGGUCGAGCACGCCCUGGGAGAACUGGCGCGGGAACCCGAUGGUCCGGUUCGUGUCUCGACGCUCUCCUCUCUCGGUCUGGACGCUGCUCAACUCCGACGACUAGCUGGCGGGCGAGCACGAGUAUUAGGACGAUAUCUGGACGAAGACUCGGGCGACCUGGGCGGCGUGAACCAGGACGUCCUCGUGCUCCCCGAGUGGUGUGGCCGCUGCUCGCGUACCCGACCAGCACGCACUCGGCAUUGCAGAGAGUGCGGCGUGUGCCGUAUGGGUUUCGACCACCAUUGCGCCUUCUUUGGCAACUGUCUCACGGCACCCUAUUUACCCUGCUUCCUCGCGCUUCUCUUCCUCACGCCCGUCGUCGUCGUGCUGCUGAGCUUGCCAACCUACGCACCCCUCUACGCCAGGGGUAAAGUGGCCUGGACCCUCGCGCCGGAAUGGUGGUGGGGCGCGUGGUGGAGCUGGAUCUUUGGCGGACCCCUUGGACGUUGGAUCGGCGGCAUUGCGCUCGGAUGGCGGGAACUGGACAUCCUGGACCCGAGCGAGGAGAGCAGCGUCGAGAUCGCAGCACUCAUCUUCAUCGGCCAGAUCCUCGGCCUCAUGACCCUCGCGCUGGGGUACACGACUGCCUCGGCCCUCUCCCGGGGCCAAUUCACGGUCGACCUCGCGCGGGCAAAGAGCUUCGCGCGCGAUCCGGAACGCUUCGCGCAGAUCACUCGGUUUUACACCCCCCUCCUUCCCGUGACACCGCUGGCGUCCCCGCCGCUGUCCACUGCGUCGCCUGUCUCCCCUCUUGGCUCCGGCUCGCCUGUGAAGGAACUGGACAACGGCUUCUACGACGUGCCCGGAUACACAUCUUACGGGAACGAGGUCGCCGGCGUGCUCGUUACACUGCGGGAGAUGAACCUGUACGAUACGCCGGCCACUUGGCGCUGGGUGCUUCGCGGCAAGGCGCGCUUCUGGCGCGUGUUAAGGUCCGAGUGGAGGGACGAGGAGCUCAUGCACUGGCCCAUUCGACGGGAUGUGCUCCGCGACGUGCAGAGACAGAAGGAGAGAUGGCUCCAGUAG